GUGAGUACAAAAUUGAUCCAUGAUCAAAUCAUCUGAGACAAUCCGCGGAACAGAGCUUGACAGUUUCCCGAGAUGUUCCUGCCGUCGGUGGCGCUGAAUGUGUCUCUGUUUUCCAGUUCUCCUAGGUAGAUUCCCGUCGCUUCGUUACAAUCUUCCCUUUCUUCUUCUUCUAUUUCCUCAUUGUCUCUCCCCACCUUCUUUUUCCUCGAUGGCCCAUCCAUCAUUUCCCCGGCCCCAUAUCAUUGAAUCCUCAUCUCGGGGACCUCGGUUGCGGGAUAUGGGAAUGAUACUUAGUCUACUAGUCCGUCAUGUCGAGUGCCAAAGUCCGGGAUAUGCUAUUUCUGUCUCCGGGUCCCCUUCGAGUCUAGCCUACCGUAGCCUAGUCCCUUCCCAAACCAGCCUGGAGCGCACAUUGAAAUCCCGAUUUCUUUCUCAAUUCUGCUGCUUCUAUUGCGAUCGGCUAGCUUAAUCGCUGUACUGAACUUUGCAAAAAUAUUAUACUCUCCCGCUGGAGGGGAGGAAGAGGGGAAGGGCGUUUGUUCUUCCGAUUCCCAUUUUUUUCCUACUAGUAUUUUUAUACCUUCAUUUACUGUGUUAACCACGAUCAAGAAGAGAAGCAGUCAAAAGAGGCUGUUGUUGUUGUUGUUGUCAUACAAGUAUCGGUUUAAUCUCUCCCGACUCCACUAGACAGAC